GGCAGCGAAUGGGGACGCCGCUCGGUUCUCCAUCAUGGAUCCUCUCGCAGAAGCAAAUGGCACCUUUGCCUUAGACCUUUUGAAAACGCUGGGCAAGGACAACUCGAAGAACUUGUUUUUCUCACCCAUGAGCUUCUCCUCUGCCCUGGCCAUGGUCUUCUUGGGGGCAAAGGGAAACACUGCUGCCCAGAUGGCCCAGGUGCUGUCUUUAAAUAAAAGCGGUGACAGCAGGGACGUCCACCAGGGCUUCCAGUCCCUUCUCACUGAGGUGAACAAGACUGGCACGCAGUACUUGCUUAGGACAGCCAACAGGCUCUUUGGAGAACAGUCUUGUGAUUUCCUCUCUACUUUUAAAGAUGCCUGCCGAAAAUUCUAUCACGCAGAGAUGGAAGAGCUUGACUUUGUCAGUGCUGCAAAAGAGUCCAGAAAUCACAUAAACACCUGGGUAGCUGAAAAGACAGAAGGUAAAAUUGUAGAGUUGCUGUCUCCAGAUGCAGUGAAUUCCUUGACUAAUCUGGUUCUUGUGAAUGCCAUCUACUUCAAAGGAAACUGGGAUAAGCAGUUUAACAAGCAGCAGACCAAGGAGAGACCAUUUAAAGUCAGCAAGAAUGAGCAGAAACCUGUGCAAAUGAUGUUUAAGAAAUCUACUUUUAAAAUGACCUAUAUAGGAGAAAUAUUCACCCAAAUUCUGGUGCUUCCCUAUGUCGGCAAGGAGCUGAAUAUGAUCAUCAUGCUUCCAGAUGAGAACACUGACUUGAGAACGGUGGAAAAAGAAAUCACUUAUGAGAAAUUCAUAGACUGGACGAGGCCAGACAUGAUGGAUGAAGAAGAGGUGGAAGUUUUCCUCCCAAGAUUUAAACUGGAGGAGAAUUAUGACAUGAAGAAUGUCCUUUGCAGCAUGGGUAUGAGCGACGCCUUUGAGCCAGGAGCAGACUUCUCCGGAAUGUCGUCCAAGAGAGGACUGUUUCUAUCCAAGGUUGUGCAUAAGUCCUUUGUGGAUGUCAAUGAGGAAGGCACGGAAGCUGCAGCUGCCACAGCUGCCGUCAUGAUGCUGCGGUGUGCCCGGAUCUCCCCUCGGUUCUGUGCCGACCACCCCUUCCUUUUCUUCAUCCAGCAUUGCAAGACCAACGGAAUUCUGUUCUGUGGCCGCUUUUCCUCUCCAUGAGGACAUGAUGGCUGCCAUGUGCAGCCGCUCUCUCUCCUGCUGACCAGCUGUCUUCUGACACUCCACAGUGUGCCUGUACCCCAAGUGGCCUUAUCUGUGUGGUUCAGCAAUAAAAGGCCUGAUGGUGGAAUGCCAUGUUCAAA